GAGGAGUUUAUAUUCAAGUACUUUCCAGUCCUCAAGGAAGUGCGACGGGACUCUCUAAACCAAUCAGAUUUGUGGAUUAGCACCGACAACAAACAAAAGAUCGAGCCAUGUCUGGACAGUCAUCGGGCUGUGGGUUUCUAAUGUCGGUUGUUGUUCACGGAGAUUCGGCUCUGAACGAACAGGAAAAGGAGCUCAACCUGCGACUAAGGCGGCUCUAUCCAGCCGUAAAUGAACUUGAAACACCGCUCCCCCGAUCCUGGAGCCCGAAGGACAAAUUCAGUUACAUUGGCCUUUCUCAGAACAAUCUUCGAGUGCACUACAAAGGUCAUGGAAAGACCCCUAAAGAUGCAGCGUCUGUACGAGCCACUCAUCCAAUCCCGGCUGCCUGCGGGGUCUACUACUUUGAGGUGAAAAUCAUCAGCAAAGGCAGAGAUGGGUACAUGGGGAUCGGUCUCUCGGCUCAAGGUGUCAACAUGAACAGACUCCCUGGUUGGGACAAACACUCGUAUGGUUACCAUGGAGACGAUGGCCACUCCUUCUGCUCCUCCGGCACGGGGCAGCCGUACGGCCCCACAUUCACCACGGGAGACGUGAUUGGCUGCUGUGUCAACCUCAUCAACAACACCUGCUUCUACACAAAGAACGGUCACAGUUUAGGAAUAGCCUUUACAGAUCUACCGCCCAACCUGUACCCCACCGUGGGGCUGCAGACCCCAGGGGAGGUGGUUGAUGCAAACUUCGGCCAGCACCCCUUUGUGUUUGACAUCGAUGACUACAUGCGUGAAUGGAGGACCAAGAUCCAGGCCCAGAUUGAUAGAUUCCCCAUAGGGGACAGAGAGGGAGAGUGGCAAUCCAUGAUCCAGAAAAUGGUGGCGUCUUACCUGGUCCACCAUAGUUACUGUGCCACAGCCGAAGCCUUCGCCAAAUCCACUGACCAGGCUGUGCACGAGGAGCUGGCCUCCAUCAAAAACCGACAAAAGAUCCAGAAGCUGGUGUUGUCAGGCAGGAUGGGGGAAGCCAUUGAGACAACUCAACAGCUGUACCCCAGCCUCCUGGAGAGGAACCCUGACCUCCUAUUCAUGCUGAAGGUUAGACAGUUCAUCGAGAUGGUGAACGGGACAGACAGUGAGGUGCGCUGCCUGGGAGGACGCAGCCCCAAGUCCCAGGACAGUUAUCCAGGCUCACCCCGCACCUUCAGCAGCCCCAGUCACAAAGCCAGUGGCUCCCAGGCCUACCUCACAGGGUUCGACGGUGGCUGCUGUAAUGGGGUGACCUCCAGUAAGGUACACCCCUCCCCCCACAGUCACAAGCCCUGCCCCUCGGGCCCCACCCUCCCUGCGCCUGAGCUCAGUACCCUAAAUGGUGGCCACAGCCUGCAGCAGCCCAGCACCAGUACUGAUGUGGACAUGGAGGUAGAUCACUUCACCAAUGGACUGACCGAGUCCUCUUCUAAUGGCUUCCUCAAUGGUACCUCUAAACACGCAGGCCAGCCUGAGGACUGUGAGGCGGACAUGGAGGUGGAGUCUACCCAAUCCAAGAAACAGCUGUGCGGAGGAAGCCAGGCAGCUGUCGAGAGAAUGAUCCGCUUUGGUCGGGAGCUCCAGAGCAUGAGUGAGCACCUACGCCGUGAGUGUGGGAAGAACUCUGUCAACAAGAAGAUGCUCAAGGAUGCAUUCAGUCUGCUGGCCUACUCUGACCCAUGGACCAGCCCAGUGGGCUACCAGCUGGACUCGAUUCAGAGGGAACCAGUGUGUUCCACACUUAACAGUGCAAUAUUAGAGACUCACAACCUGCCCAAGCAGCCCCCUCUGGCUCAGGCGGUGGGACAGGCCGCCCAGUGCCUGUCCAUCAUGGCACGCUCCGGAAGCGGCUCGUGCGCCUUCGCUGCUGUGGAUGAUUACCUGCAUUAGCCACAGGCCGGGCACAUGGCGCCCCCCCCUCCCACCCCACCCUCCCCCCUGACAAACUCCCAAGGCUGAGCCCCGGGCCGUGUUCAGGUACUCCACCCUUCUCUGGAAACUAGCACUUGUUCACUCCUCCUCCACAUGCAUUUGAAAUAAUUGGAUUGGUGCAAGAAUGGCCGGUUGGUGUUCCCACCAUAUUCCUUACAGCAGUCCAUUCCUUUGUAAUCCAAUGGGCGGGAGUGAACGUGUGCACCCUUUGGAAAAGAGUGGAGAAUCGGGACUUCUCCCUAGCGUCACAAACUGUGAUGGGAGUCAUGCAAGCCUGCCCACAUUAUUUUAGUUGAUGGGGGGGGAGGUGGGGGGGCAAAGACUAGCCAACUGAUACAUCCUCCACCCUGACUGUGGCGAACCCUGCAGGGUAUUUCAUAUCCACGAUCCCAAACUAGGCAACUGUGCAAAGGUGCACCACACUGACCUGAAGAACAAGCAGCUUUCCAGUGACCGCAACGUUAGUGACCCGCGGUGGGCAGCCUGUCGACAGUCUACCUUUCGUAACCCAGUUUGUACACUUUAAACCCCCGACCAACGAUGUGCGCCAACACGACGUCCUGCGCCAGACGGGCCGAUGUCACUGCGAGUAUUCUGACCGUUCUAGUCUAGUUCUGCACCGGGUUAGCGGAGUGCGCUAGCCCGUCCCACCUCGAGGAUCCGACUCGCGCGGCGCAAAAGAUGACAAAGACCCUGGACAUCCGUGGCUGGUGACGCAUGGGGACUUGAGACUUGAAGAAGCCAGUAAGAGAAUCCACAGUCCGGACUUGUCUUGUUUUCUUUUAAAAAGUAGUUUAUUUUGGUGAGGGGUGGGGUGGGGUGGGGGGGGUUGUUAGGGAGGAAGGGAGUCUAGGCAGUUUGUUUCUGUUCCCUGGUUUACAAGGCAUGGUGAAAAUUAUUAUUCUUAUUAUUCUUGCAUACACAGUAUAUUUGUUGAGCGUCGGCAAGAGUGAAUUUCACCGAAUAAUAAAGGACCCAAUCCCAUUAAUCCUUACUAGUGAAAAGUGUCAGCUUGUCUACAUGUUAACAUUUCUAUGAAACAAAAAAAAUAUCAAUAGAGUAAAAUAUUUAGCUACCAAAAGAAAGGAAACAAAAAAAAAAAAAGACCUUCUAAGCUUCACACUUUGUGUGGAGUUAGUGGAGACUUGUGUCAAUGUUAUUACACUGUGGUUGAGAAGUUAACGCUUUCCAUGGCUACCCCAGUACCCAACCUGUUCCCCAACUGCACAGCAGGCUUGAUGCAAUGUUAUCUGUUCUUAUUUCCUAAUGUCUUCAUGUUAUCGCGUGUCCUUUACCCACAAAGAACUCAGGAGCCAAAAAACCUUUCUCCUUGAUUUUGACUUAGUUCUAAUUGAAUGUGUCUCUACUGCAAUGAAGGGCUUUUCAGACUUUGAUAAACUCAGACCUGGUUAGCGGAUUUGCUUUGUGUUGAACCGGCAGCAAGCUAGCACCUGAACUUUCUUGAUGUAUGUUAGCCUCCCAGGAUGUGUUGCCCUAUUUUGGGGCUAGCCUAGUGUUAACCAUAGCAGCGUGUGGUGGCAAUAGGCUAACUAGGUCAAGAGCAUGUCAUGUUGGGGGGGUCUUAAGGUUAACCUCUGGCCCCCCCUAUAGUUUUCAUAGCUUUUAGCGAAUCACACCCAGUGACACAAGUCUUGGGGUAUAAUGGUGUGUGUUUGAGAGCGCACCUAAAGCAGCGUCUAACCUAUCACUUAGCUUUAAUGAACCUAUACUCUGUGCAAUAUCUCAAACAUGCAUCUUUUCAGGUAUGAAAAGCCCUUAGGCUAUUUUUGAGUUUAGUAGAACACUUGUCAACCACAUCCAUCCCAAUAGAAACAGGCUUUAAUCAAAGGCUAGCACUUUGUAGACAGGUGCAUUACACUACGCUUGGGUCAACGUCGGCAGCACUUCCUGUGAAUCUGAUCUCGGCUAGGGUCGGGAAAAUAGCCUUUAAUAUGCAAAUUGUCACCAGUGCAAUGUGCUUUGCCUAGAACACGCCUUUGAUUGAAUCCUGGUCUAGCUCUUUCCUUGUUCCUGGUUACGGGAUCCCCUUCUGGCCUUUAGUAGUCCCCAUGGCAAAAAUAAAAAUAACAGUAUUGUCAAAUGCACUGUGGUUACCACAUUUACAAUAAAGAAACCAAUAUCUAGGAAGGCGACAUUG